AUGGUGAUCGUUGAGGAUUCCGGCGACUGGGACACCGAGAGAAAGACAGACCCCAGAGAUAUGCUGUUUGGGCGCGUGUUCGGAGGGCUUCCGAACGGCCGCCUAGGACGGCGGUCGAUCAAGGCGGGGGGAUCGGCGGGGAACUCUGUUCUACGGGUCGACCCCGUAACAGAGCCAUCCACUCCGUCUUCCUCUUCGGCGGACCUCACAUCCUUCAACACUUUCCCCCGGAGUGAAGGAUAG